UGUGGUGUUUCUACUUUUGUUAUUUAGUAUUAAUUGCUUGGUGUCAUAGCAUACCAUCCUUUCUCCCUUAUGCUCAAUCCGAUUUUGUCCUUUUGUGAUUCUGACUUCUAGUUGCUUGAGCAUGUGCUUUCAUCUCUUAUAUUUCCUUUCAUCUUCUCCUCUGAAAUAACAGCAUGUGCUUGAACAUGGGAAACCUCACGAGCGUUCUGCAAUUAUCAAGGAAUUAGCAGGCAAUAUAGUUCAAAUGAGCCAACAGAAGUUUGCCUCUAAUGUUGUGGAGAAGUGUUUGACCUUUGGAGGUCCUUCUGAACGCCAAUUGCUUGUAAAUGAGAUGCUUGGCUCCACCGAUGAAAAUGAGCCUCUUCAGGCAAUGAUGAAAGAUCAAUUUGCUAACUAUGUCGUACAAAAGGUGCUGGAGACUUGCGAUGACCAACAGCGCGAGCUGAUUCUUUCGCGUAUUAAAGUUCAUUUAAAUGCAUUGAAAAAGUACACUUAUGGAAAGCAUAUUGUCGCACGUGUAGAGAAACUUGUUGCUGCUGGAGAGAGGAGAAUUGCUGCUCAGUCUCCUCAUAUUGCUUAGGUGGGCAUAGAAAAAAGAGUGUUAUCUGUACAGCUAACUGAGGCUAGUGUGAUCUCCUACUCUCCUGCUGCAUCAAGAGUUUAUGUUUAUCUAUCUAUCUGUUUAUCUGUCGUGAUGGAUAGUGACCGAUUGGUAAUAAAAUUAUCGGUUGUAAUUGAGAACUGUACAUUGUGUAGUUUAUACAUAGAAUUUAAGUGAGGUGAGGUCCCCUGCAGUGGAAGAUAAAAAUGACUAAUACAAGAAGCAAGGUUUGGUUUUUAAGAAUGUAAAGUUUUUCAUGAAACGGUGGUGAUAUGAGCUAGUAGUUUAUAAGUUGACGCGAUGACUGUACAAAAUGUUGCUAUGUGGAGAGCUGUUUAUUAUUAUUAUUAUUAUUAUUAUUAGGUGAGAGAGCAGGGUUUUUUCUUUCAUGUAUGCUUAUUGACUUCAUUCCUCAAUUUUACAAGCUUAUAUUUCUCUUCA